UUGGUUUCAUUUUGUUUAUAUUAUUCAUUUAAAUCAAAUUUAACCCUAGCAACGCUCCAAAAACUCAUAUUUUUUAGAAAUAAUACGAAGUACGAAGGCUUGAAUUGCAUAUAUUUGAGAAUGUCAAUACAAGGUAGGAAAAUACAAGCGAAAAAAUCCAAAAAUGAUCUGGAGUCGACAGCAGAUAAAGUGAGACUUAUAAAGGAAAGACAGAGUCAGUGGUUUAAAGAAAGAGAAGAAGCAAAAGGAUCUAAAGCUCUAGGCUCUGCUAAAUCAACGGAAAGUAUAAGAGAAAGAAGUAAGCGGAGUUCAGUCCGGUCUUCGCCUAUUCCAGACCUUGAUAUUGAUACGUCUUCAAAUAGAAGUUCAGCUUCCAAGAGCAGUGGUAGGGACGUCAAUCCAUACUCGAAUCCCAGAAGAAAACCUCUAUAUACUGCACCUAUAAGAGAUCACUCGAAUAUAGUAUCCUGGUCAAAUAAAGGAGAUAAUGUGGUAGGAAUCAAAAGACCUCCAUCAGGUCAAUCUAAGAAGAAUCCAUUAUCUAAAACAGCAUUGGAUAGUACCAGAAGUAAUUACUCAAAUACUGGAGGUUUGAGAGAAAAGACCUAUGAGCCUUCGAAUUAUAACAGUUCUGCUAAAAAUCUAGAUGAUUCUGUAAGGGAUGCUUUCUCUCAUUCUACAUAUAGCAAACUUGAGCCGGUAUCAAGAGAUUAUCCAAGUAAAUCAUUUGAAAAUGGAAGAAGGAUUGAUCCUGAUGUAGACGAUAAGAGGGAUACAAGUUGUGAGUUUUCUAAUCAGAAUGUAAAUAUCUCAGAACUUAAGGCUGUCAAUGAAAAAAAAGGAGGGACAAGAAGUGGUCUUGAUCAAGACAUGAUUGAUGCUUUAGCAGAAACUGUUGCUCAGAGACUGAAGACUACGAUCAGAGGAAAAGAAAAAGAUUCACAUGGCCAAAACAGUAAUGGGGAAGACGAUGAAGAAAUGUCCACACAUCUUUGUCCAGUUUGUAACUCUCUUAUGUCUGGGUCUAGACACACGCCCAUGGCUCUCAUCCCAUGUGGACAUACAUUAUGUCAGGUGUGUCUGAGGGACUGUAAGAAAUGUCCAACCUGUCAAUCAAGAAUCAGUUCAUCAGCCGUCAAUACAGUCUUGCAGCAGAUUAUUGCUGGUUUUAUUGCGCAAAAAGAAAAAAAGAGACUUGAAAAAAUGGAAAUUGAGACAAGAAAAUAUGUGGACGAAUAUCAGUCGUUAUCAGUGAGGUCAAAUGCUUUGGCAGAAGAAGCAGAUGCUAUACUGAAUGGAAUGGAAGACUUAACAGAACAAUUAUUCCAAGAGAAAAAAAUGUACAAAAAAAUCCAAGUUGAUAAUGAAGACUUGACAAAGAAAAUUCAAGAACUUCAAAAACAAUUAGAAAAAAAUCAAAUCAAAAUGACUGAAAGCAAAGAAGCAUGUGAAAAUCUUGAGAGCCAAUACGAGGAAGAAAAACAAAGACUUGCUCUGGUGGAAGAUACUGUAAAGACUAUCAGACAGAGUAAGGAAAGAGUGAAGAUGUUGGUUCAUAACUUUGCUCCUUCACUAAAUUUAGAACAGUUCGAUUAGACCACUUUCUAUCU